AUGUCGACGACCACAACACGCAUUCACCCAACAACCACCGCUCUCUCUUCCACCGUCAAGCACCACCACCUCCUCCGACCACCCCACCGUCACGUCGUCUUCCCCCGUCGCCGGAUGCAGACAAUGGCCGCGGCGGCUCUCCAAGUCUGCGUCAAGUCCUCCGUCACUGUCCCCAACAAGCUCGGCGACUGUCCCUUUUGCCAGAGGGUGUUGCUCACUCUCGAGGAGAAGCAUGUUCCUUACGAACUCAAGUUGGCGGACUUGGCCCACAAGCCCGACUGGUUGUUGAAGAUAAACCCAGAAGGGAAAGUUCCAGUGGUGAAGCUUGAUGACAAGUGGAUUGCAGACUCGGAUGUCAUCACGCAAAUUCUGGAAGACAAGUACCCAGAGCCACCUUUGACAACCCCUCCCGACAAGGCUUCAGUGUAUUGGGCAAAGAUCUUCUCUACAUUUAUUGGUUUCCUUAAGAGCAAAGACCUCAAUGAUGGAACAGAGCAAGCAUUGAUCAAUCAACUGAGCACUUUCAAUGAUUACCUCAAAAUAAAUGGGCCUUUUGUCAAUGGGGACCAGGUUUGUUCCGUAGACCUGUCACUUGCGCCCAAGAUGCAUCAUAUGGAGAUUGCUUUGGGUCAUUUCAAAAGUUGGUCGGUUGCAGAUUCCCUUCCAUAUGUGAAGUCUUACAUAAAGAGUAUCUUCUCACGGGAUUCAUUUACUAAAACUAGUGCCCUGAAAGAAGAUAUCAUUGCCGGUUGGCGGCCCAAAGUCUUGGGUUAAGGUUAUUCUGUUGGUCUUCUCUUUCUCCGAGGUGCAUGUUUUACCUAUACAUGUAUCGUACCUUAAUUCAUUGAAUGUUUUAUCUUUAA